GAACGACCUGAGCUCUUGCGCCAACCGCACGGCACCCACGCGCGUGCUCACUGGGGCCGCGGAACCUCCGCCUCCGCCGCCGCGGCUUUCCGUGCCGGCUCCCGAACUAGACUUCUGUCUUCCCGCUGCCUCGCCUCUGGCUCACCGAGCGCCAUCACCGGCGUCUGCGUCGCGUCGAUCUCGCCGCGUGGGCCGCGGACGCCCCGGCCCGAUGCUACGCUGGCUGAUCGGGGGAGGCCGCGAGCCGCAGGGCCUGGGCGAGAAAGCUGCUUUGCAGACAAUAGGAGAGGAUCAGAGUCAGAACCCCUACACGGAGCUGCUGGUCCUGAGCGCGCACCGGGACAUUGUCCGGUUCCUGGUGCAGCUGGAUGAGAACAGAUUUGCAUCUGCAGGCGAUGAUGGCGUUAUAGUUGUGUGGAAUGCCCAGACAGGAGAAAAGCUCCUGGAUCUCAGAGGACACAGCCAGAAGAUAACGGCCAUCACUGCGUUUCCCCCGCUCGACUCUUGUGAGCAGGGCCAUCAGCUCAUCCUGACAGCCUCUGCAGACAGGACCGUCGGUGUGUGGGACUGCGACACUGGCAGACAGAUCCAGAGCGUCUCCUGCUUCCAGUCCACCGUGAAGUGCUUAACUGUUCUUCAGGGACUAGACGUUUGGCUCUCGGGUGGCAAUGACUUAGGUGUGUGGAACCGAAAAUUAGAUCUUCUGUGUAAGACCAACCACCUUUCUGAUACAGGGAUCAGUGCUUUGGUUGAAAUCCCUAGGAACUGUGUUGUGGCAGCAGUUGGCAAAGAACUGAUAAUUUUUAGGUUAGUAGCACCUACAGAAGGCUUGCUGGAAUGGGAUAUCAUUGAAGUUAAACGGCUUCUUGAUCACCAGGAUAGUAUUCUGUCAUUGGUUAACAUCAAUGAUACAAGUUUCGUCACCGGUUCCCAUGUUGGAGAGCUGAUCAUCUGGGAUGCCCUGGACUGGACCGUGCAGGCCUGUGAGCGUAGCUUCUGGAACCCGUCUCCACAGCCAGAUGCCCAGCAAGAAAUAAAACUCUGCCAAAAGCAAAAUGACAUUUCUAUUAAUCAUUUCACAUGUGAUGAAGAGAACAUAUUUGUUGCCGUUGGAAGGGGGCUGUAUGUGUAUAACCUACAACUGAAGCAUGUGAUUGCCUGCCAGAAAGCUGCGCAUGACUCCACCAUCCUCCACAUCGUCAGACUCCCCAACAGGCAGUUAAUCUCAUGCUCAGAAGAUGGCAGUGUACGCAUUUGGGAGGUCCGAGAGAAACAGCAGCUGCCAGCCGAACCUGUCCCAACAGGGUUUUUUAAUAUGUGGGGCUUCGGAAGAGUGAACAAACAAGCCAGCCAGCCUGUUAAAAAGCAGCAAGAAAAUGGCACUACGUGUUCCCUGGAGCUCAUCGGAGACUUGAUCGGCCACUCAUCCUCCGUGGAGAUGUUUCUAUACUUUGAAGAUCAUGGACUAGUGACAUGCUCUGCAGAUCAUCUCAUUAUUCUGUGGAAAAAUGGAGAGCGAGAAUCUGGACUCCGAAGUAUAAAGUUAUUUCAGAAGCUAGAAGAGGAUGGUGACCUACACCCCACUGUCUAGUUGAAGGAUCGCACAGAUACAUGAGCCUUGACCAUCAAAUGAAGAGCGGAACUCUGAAAGCCGCUACACACUGAUCACUUAGAUUUGUAAUGUUCUUCUUGCCUAUGAAGUUCUGUCUGUCUAUCAGGAGCAAGUGUGUCCACCUAAGGACACAGCACAGGUUUCUGCUGGACCUUGCUGCCGUGGCAUAGUGGGUGCUGUGUUUUGUUUCGUAAAGUGAUUGGGGAAAAGGGAACUGUAAAGCUGUCCCAUUCUUUAGGUUUAUCUAUUUAGGGUUCCUUCAAAGACUGUUUGGGAGUUGUCAGGAUAGAUCUAUCCGUUCUGCUAAUUCUCCUACUCUCUAGUAGCUAUCAGUGUUCACUAGAAUUAAAUUUGAGUAUUAGUCAAAAAAGAAUUAUUUUCUUUAAGUACAACACUUCUUUUUGGUACUAAUUUAAGUCACUGAAAAAAAGAUCCCAUUGUCCCUACUAAAAUCCCGCUGUGCUUCAGUCCACAGGGUACAUUUCUUUCUCAGUGUGAACCGGCCUGGGCAGUUACUGGCCAGAAUAGUUCUCGGGUGUUUCUCUGAUGAGUCCAGGGUUAGGAAAGACACAGCGCUUUUCUGAGGUCAGGAACUGCAGCUAAAUUGCCCUAAUCAUCUCCUUUCCUUUGUGUUAAUAUAAAAUGUUCAAGGACAGACCCACCUUUUGGGUCUUUGAAGAUCCACUAGGACUGGACCAUCUCCGUUGCCCUACCAGCCUAUGGCACUAUUCUCACUUUUGGCACUGAAACAUAAAAUGUCUUCUGUACUGCAGUGAGGAUUACUCUUGUUGAUUAGGGAGUCUUAUUCAAGACAGACAGAAUGUGGGAUGUUAGGCACCUGAUCCUUCUCCAGGAAAACGCCUACGUACUUGUGUGUGCACAUGUGUGUACUAUGCUCCCUGGAUGGAUGCUAUAAAUUCUUGUUUCCACUGGUUUCAGCUUUCACCGCUGCCUACGAAGAUUGGUAGCAUUAGGAUGGUAGGUAGAUCAGUGGCAAAUGUUAGGAAUGAGGAAACCAAGGCCUGUGGAGGCUAGCUUGUUCUCCAGCACCCGUUGUUAUCACUGAACACCCAUAAAAAACAGACAGGUUGGUGUAGGAGGUCCUUCUGUAUUUGUGUUGCUUUCAUUGGUUAAUCAAUAAAGAAACUGCUUGACCUGAUAGGGCAGAACUUAGAUAGGCGGAAAAGACAAAAGUGUAUUCUGGGAGAAAAAAAGCAGCAGAUAGAGCCAAGGAGCCAUGAAGCUUCUGCCUGAGACUGACGCUGGUUAGAAUCUUUCCUGGUAAGCCACAACCUUGUGGUGUUACACAGAUUGGUAGAAAUGGGUUAGAUCAGGAUGUGAGAGUUGGCCAAAAGAGGCUAGCUAUAAUGGGCCAGGCAGUAAUUUAAUUAAUACAAUUUCUGUGUGGUUAUUUCAGGGGUUAAGCAGGCCGGGCGGCCGGACACAACCCACACCUCUUACAAUAACAGAUGAGGCUGAGAAGACUUCAUGGUGACCAUGCCAGGAAAAUCAGCAUUUACAGUCCUUGCUGCUGUUGUAGUUCACAAUGAAAAUAGCUUUGUUGGAAAGAAUAAUAUUAAAAUGUAAGCUACCUUAAUGAGGACAGAGCAGCAUGCGAAUGAGAAAAAAGACAGUGUCUUUUAGCCAGCAUACCAUUGUUAUUUGAGGAGUCAACACAGGAGGCAGCUUUCUUGCCAUUCUUCCUGAGGAUGAGCUAUGAGCAGCGUCUGCUCUAUGCAUCAGCUCACUGGCACUUGGGCUAAUUUAUUUUAGACUCACUUAAAGCUUUGAAUUUUGCUCUGUAGAUGGACUUCCCCCUUUUACUAGCGAGUUUUUCCUUUGCAAAUUUUAUAUUAGGCCAUUAGCUAGUAAGGAUGUCUUCUUAAAUGAUAAAAGACAAAGUAUUCAUAUGGUUUUUGUUGCUUUUCUGUUUUGUUUUUUAUACCUGUUUCCUAACCUGAUUUGGAUUCCUGUUUUGUGGUGGAAAUCUACUCAAAUUGAAUGGCUGAAGUCAUCCUUAAGUUUUUUCUUUUUAAAUUUUGUCUCCUCUGUGUGUGUUCUUUUGUUUUUUGUUUUGUUUUGUGUUUUGAUACAGGGUUUCACUGUGUAGCCCUGGCUGUCCUGGAGCUAGCUCUCGUAGACCGGGCUGGCCUCGAACUCACAGAGAUCCUCCUGCUCUGCCUCCCGAGUGCUGGGAUUAAAGGCGUACACCACUACUCCCAGCCACGCUUGAGUUUUAAGAGCAGACAGGAUUGGAGUCCAGCAUUGCUGUUGUUCCAUUCCAUUUGACCAGUUUCCCACCGCUGAGAAACUGGUCAAAUAGAGUGUUCUCCAGCCUAGGGGAGACCUUGUGUGAGUGUCCCGAGGUCAGGGAGACGAGCAUGAUAAGGUGACCAUGGCAAGGAUCAGCACCUUUGCUCUUCGGUAGUUACAUGUAGACCGUUCCUAGGACUUGAACUUGCAAUUUAGAGGAAGAAAAUUAGAGCUAAGGCCAGUAUAUAUUAUGUGCGUGUUUCCUCUACUUCAGUCACCUAGCUGUCUGUACCAGAUCAGUGUGUACAGUGUGCCUUGUUGUCGCCCUUAAAAUACUUGGAGCUGGGUCUCUAGGUGCAUCUGUGCAGCACAGGCUUGUCCACUGCUCACAGGCUGGAUAGAUUCCAAGUGUACUGAUACCAUCUUUCUUUGCUGGGGAGGGUAGCCACCCCUAACUGAGGAGUGGCUGAAACAGUUACCGUUCUGGCUCAUGUAAGAUUUUACACCAACUUCCCUCUUCGGCAGAGUAAUUAAUAAUAGUAUUAACAUGACUUUCCUUUAUGUUUUCCUAAGUUAAUGUAUGUCCUCACCACACAUGGUGUCACAGUAAACAGGAGUGAGAGACACUGACAGUAGUUUAUCUGUGUCACAUCGAUACGUAUCUGAGAUGCAGGAACAUUACCUGAAAGUCCAUGAUUCUAGUAAAUUGGAAAAAUGUGCCUCUUAGCAACUCAGAAGAUGGCUGUAAUUUACACUGGUAGUGAGGAGAUCACACUGAAACUCUAGCACCUCGAUAUCUCAGGGCACUUAAUAUCCACAUGUUACUAGCAUUUGAGGUUAGCAUGAAGUUGAUACGGCAUAUCACUGAGCAAGCUGUAAUGUUGCAUAUAGGAGAUGCCAGGUGCCUGGCCAGUGUUCCCUGCUGAGUGGAACUGAAAGCAGGCUCCUCAGAGAAAGAUUGUCCUUGCUCCAGCCAGCUUCUGAAGCCCAAAGAGAUCCUGUGCUCUGACCUCAGUGUUCUGGAAACAGACUGAUAACUCGUGAAAUAAAAGACACUAGGACCCCAAAUUUGAAAUUAU